AUGGCAACAACAAAUGCUGAUGAAACUUUAAAUACUCUAGAAGAAUGUUCAAUAUGUUUAAGUCCAUUAACUCAACAAGGUGUGGAUGUUUAUACAACAGCAUGCCUACAUAAAUUUCAUUUCCAAUGUUUGGUCAAGA